AUGGCGUCUACAUCUCAACCGUUGACACUGCGUGUGGAGCUGCAGCAGCGGCUCGGAUUGCCCGAAAACCUGCAAGAUCCGAUGACAAUGCGGCUGACGGACCAUCCUGCAUCUCUGACUGAGCUACAAGAGGUGCUUAGCCAACAGUUGAUGGAGCGUUUAGUGGAAAACAGAGUGAGCAACCAGAUAUCCAACCGGCUGGACAUGAAGAUUGAGGUCUACGACCAGAAACAGCAACAGUUUAUUCAGUUAGAAGAGCUCUCACAGUUAGGAGGUCGCAGAUCACGUCUAAGCGUCACACUCACAAACGUCGAGGCUCUGUUUCCGGACCAAACGUGUCUAGCAUUACCGUCAAGAAUCUUUGGGCUUGAUCUAUCAGCGGGGGACAAGUUUGCGAUCGAUGGGAGGGUGGUGUAUAUCGGAGAAAUUGGCAACUCGGGCAAAGGCACGGGACUGACGACAUGGGACGGAUCGGUGGUACUGGCUAAGUAUCUGGAGUAUCAACGGCGCAGCGACAUUGCUGGAAGUCGUGUCAUAGAGUUGGGGGCCGGAACUGGCCUAGUGGGUAUAUCUGCUGCACUACUCGAAGCACGACAGGUGAUUUUGUCGGACUUGAGCUAUGUCGUCGACAAUCUCGCCAAGAACAUCGCGGAGACGAUGAAGCUUGCGGAAAAUACCGGCAGACCCAUGACGAGUGACGUCUCUACUCAAGUGCUAGACUGGUUUAACCCGCCUACAGAUCUGGGCGACAUUGACUUUUUGCUGGCGUCGGACGUCGUGUGGGUUGAGGAGCUCAUUCCCCCGCUCGUGGCGACCUUCGACACGCUGCUGCGCCAUUCAAGCGUGAAGACACGGAUCCUCAUGUCGUACCAGAAGCGCAGCAUCAUGUCGGACCGGCUGCUGUUUAGUGAGCUGAAGCGAUACAACCUCGUCAAGACGCGCGUUCCAGCGGCCAGCUUACACCCAGAGUUUUCCACUGACCGCAUCGACGUGUGGGAGAUUGAGAGGGGCAGCGUAGCAGAGCGAAGCAACUAG